AUGAGCAAGACGGAUGCAGCAUCGGCCCUGGAUCUGUCCCGGUGGCCAACAGCACAAAAGUUCGUCACCCGAUGUGGCGAAUUCCUGCAAGAAGUCCAAGACUUCACCCCUGGUAAAGACCUAGAGGCGAGACUCAACAGAGACUAUGGCCCUGGGAAUCAGUACUACGAAGACUUUUGCUCUUACAUCAAGCAAGGUCUGCAGGAGGGAUGGGUCGCUCAGACGGAACUUGACGGGCCGAAAUAUCGACGCGGGAGGAUCUGUCUACCGAUCGCUGAAACCAGGUUUUGCAGCAUCACCACAGUGUACAUGGAGAGCGACGAGGUAUAUGCUGGCCAGUACCACGCCCAUCCGUACGGCGAGAUCAACUGCGUCGUUCAGCUCGACGGAAAGGCGGAAUUGAAGGGAAUGCAGGGUUGGCAGGGUGCCGGUUGGACUUCUCCAGGGCCAGGCACGCAUCACUACCCCGAAGAGGUUGAGAUAGUGACAAAACGCAGGUCAUCAAAGGACGAAGCAUCCGGCUCCUCGCCGAGCCGAGCAUGGCGCCUCCGCGUGGACCCCGCAAGCCCGCAUGCGAUCCAUGUAGGCUCUCCAAGCUGGCUUGCGAUCACGGAAAACCCGCCUGUGGCAGAUGCCGAGCUGGUAACAAAACCAGUGCCUGUGUUUAUCGAACGCGGCCUUUCUCCCGAAGAGGACUUCGACCGCCAUCACAGAUUUCCGAUCCAGGCACGGAGCCCACGGUAUCUCGUGGCGCCGAGCCCCAUCCCCUCGCUGACCCGGGGCUGUUACCCGAACCCAGGAUAUCUCGGUGCAUCAAGUCAUGUCGCGAUCUUUAAUCAUCUGUCCAGCAAAGAGGACCCUCUUCGUGUAUCGAGUCUCACCGCAGAAGCGACCUCGCUGCCAGCCUUCGACUCAUCACUAGAGUUCGAGGGCGAGAUCCAGGCGGCCAAAGUUUCCAAGUGUAUCAAGACUCUUCUGCAGGAGUUCCCUUUGAAAGGCCUCAUAGACUUGAUAUCUUUCUGGAGGGCAACCGGCCCCAAUUUAUCACUGGCAGAGCCUUUCGUCGAUCUCUGCUACAGUGCCUGGGAUGACUCGAGAGCGGCUCUGCCUCAAGAUCUGGCUGAUGCUCGCUCGCUGAUUCAGAACUCGACCCACUCGCUGGCUGAUGGACCCUCCUUCACACUUGAGCAGUACGCUUCUCAGUUUUUGGGGCCCAGCACGCGUUUAGAAACAGUAGGCCUUCUAUUCUGUGCAGUGAUACGAGCUGCGUCAGAAGUGAACAUAUUUCCUUCUCUGUACUUGACGAGCGACCGCAGACAGACCUUGCUAGGCUUGGCCCUGAACAUCACCAAUGUUGCUGUCGAAAUUUGCCUUUCAAUGGAUAGGCUCAACGAUCUGCAGCUUGUGCUUCAGUAUGAAAACUUCAUUUCUCACUCAUUUGUCUUCGGAGUUCAAUCCUAUCACUCCUACCGUAAACUGGGAGACGUAAUCACCUCCAUUGUUGCGCUGGGCUACCAUGAAAGAGUUGGAACAACAACCGAAGUGCCUACCUUCCUGAUCAACAUUCGGAGGACCGCAUUCGCUCGCACCUACUCAGCCGACAAAAACUGGGGCAUCUUCCUGGGACGGCCGCCUCGCCUGGGCAAGAAGUUCUGUCAGCUGCAGCAUGCUCUCAGUCUGUCAACCAAGCCUGACGAGGAGCCUCUGGUUGACCCGAUCACUGGCACUCACACAUGGCCACUGGACUCGGGAAUAUCAAUAUGGGCUGAGACAAGGUGGACUGCCCUUUGUGCGUCGUUGAAAGAAGAAAUUCUCGAGCUCUUCAACGAUGAUUCCAGGGACGAUAUCCAGCGGAAAGUUGAUGACCUCAAGCAACGAGCCAGCGAUCAAUGGCAAGCUCUUCCUGAAAAUUUCCGAAUGGAGGGAAGCCUCAAGGACUACAACAUCGGCCCGUUCCCGCGAGACUUUCUCCUCAGCACGCGGCUCAACUACCUCCAUGUGCUAUUUCUGCUCCGCUUGCUCUGCCUGGGCUCAGCGGGAGAUCCCGACGCGGAUUUCGUAAACCUGUCUCAGGAAAUUCUUUCACUUGUUGUAGAGGGAAUCGUGUUGAGGAACCACUUGGUCUGUUCAACAGGAACCAGCUUUGAGUGGAAGCUCGCGCAUUAUGGCCUACCGGCCAUUGGAAUCAUGAUGAUCGCCAUGCUCCGGCCAGGCGGUAUGCCUGAAGGUCUACAGGAAGCGAAAGUGAUUCGCGAUCUCGGUAUUGUUGUCACGGAAGUCGACAUGGGGACCAUCGUUCAACCUUCGGAACCAAAUUAUGCGCUCCUUUCAAGGGCUACCAAUACCAUCAAGAAGUUCCUUGACUGCAUAUUCGCGCGGGACCGACACUAUGUCCCACUGCCGGGCACGGAGCCGCCUGAUCAUCCGGUGGAUUUGAGCUCUUGGAUACCACAGUCUCAGUUGGAGCCCUGGGAUUUUGAGGUCAACUUCUGGGACAAUCUUGCGGAGCACCCAUCAAUGUUCAAUUUCCCGUUUCCUACAGAGGAUUAG